AUGAAACUGGUGAUGGGUGCUUGGCUAGUGGGAGAAAACGUCCAAGCUCAUGGAAGUUUCUGUUUAAGCUGCGGUGGCCUGAGUUCAUUAACAGUGACGAACCACCUGCCGACUGGCAACAACUUUACUGGGAGAAGCAUCUGCAAAACUGAUGUAGCUAUGCGUCCCACAUUUAGUGGUCGGAUAAGUUCCAUUCAUGUAUCAGAUAAGAUAUUGAGAUACAUUUUUCAUGAAGAGCACACGGAUGGUCAAAAUUGUGUCUGCACUGAACUAUCUUUUCAUUUCCAGACAUUUGGACCGUAUCUUAGGUGGCUGAGGCUUUACAGAAACUUGUGUGAUUAUAUUAGAGAUAGAUCCUCAUCGGCCUCCUAUGUUUCUGAUUUCUUAUAA